AUGUCGGAGUCGGAGGAGAAUGGAGAGGGCCCCCCCAAGGGUCUCUCCCCGCUGUCCGAAGCCCUGGCGUGGGCAGGAUCCGCAGGUAACGCCGGGGGUCCCUCCGCUGGGGGCGCUGGUUUGAGUGAUGAGAUUGGGGGGGUGGGAGGGGUGGGGACCCCCCCAGGACCCCGUCAGCGUCGCCCCCCACACCCCAAACACAAAGGCCAAGCGUCGGGGGGCGGGGCGGGGGUCCAUCGCUCCCCCCGCGCCCUGUUCUGCCUCCGCCUCAACAACCCCCUGCGCCGGGCGGCCAUCAGCAUCGUGGAGUGGAAACCCUUUGACAUCCUCAUCCUCGCCACCAUCUUCGCCAACUGCGUGGCUCUGGGGGUCUACAUCCCCUUCCCCGAGGAUGACUCCAACACGGCCAACCACAACCUGGAGCAGGUGGAGUACGUGUUCCUCAUCAUCUUCACGGCCGAGACGUUCCUGAAGAUCGUGGCCUACGGGCUGGUGCUGCACCCCAGCGCCUACAUCCGCAACGGCUGGAACCUGCUCGACUUCAUCAUCGUCAUCGUCGGGCUGUUCAGCGUGCUCCUGGAGCAGUUGUCCCACAAGCCCGGCGAAGCCCAUCACAUGAGCGGCAAACCCGGCGGCUUCGACGUCAAAGCCCUUCGCGCCUUCCGCGUGCUGCGGCCGCUGCGCCUCGUCUCGGGGGUGCCCAGUCUGCACAUCGUGCUCAACUCCAUCAUGAAGGCCAUGGUGCCGCUGCUGCACAUCGCGCUGCUCGUGCUCUUCGUCAUCAUCAUCUACGCCAUCAUCGGCCUCGAGCUCUUCAUCGGCCGCAUGCACAAGACCUGCUUCUUCAUCGGCUCGGAGCUGGAGUCGGAGGAGGAGCCGUCGCCGUGCGCGUUCUCGGGCCACGGCCGCGCGUGCCUGCAGAACAACACCGAGUGCCGCGGCCGCUGGGAGGGGCCCAACGGCGGCAUCACCAACUUCGACAACUUCUUCUUCGCCAUGCUCACGGUGUUCCAGUGCAUCACCAUGGAGGGCUGGACCGACGUCCUGUACUGGAUGCAGGACGCGAUGGGCCACGAGCUGCCCUGGAUUUACUUCGUCAGCCUCGUCAUCUUCGGCUCCUUCUUUGUCCUCAACCUGGUGCUGGGGGUGCUCAGCGGGGAGUUCUCCAAGGAGCGGGAGAAGGCGAAGGCGCGCGGCGACUUCCAGAAGCUGCGGGAGAAGCAGCAGCUGGAGGAGGAUCUGAGGGGCUACAUGGACUGGAUCACCCAGGCCGAGGAGCUGGAGGGCGACGAGGACGAGCACGAGAAGCACCGUCUGACCCCAGAGGAGCUGCUGGGCAAGAGGAAGCCGCGGCUCAAGUGGCUGCGCCACACCAGUCACUCCACGGACACCCACGCCAGUCUCCCCGGCAGCGAAACCACGUCGGUCAACACCGAGACGGUGGCAGAGGAGGAGACGGCGCCGAGCGCCUGCGACCGCUGCCUGGGUAAAAUCACCAAGACCAAGUUCUGGCGCCGGCUCCGUCGCCUCAACCGCCUGUGGCGUCGCCGGUGCCGCGGCGCCGUCAAAUCCGUCUCCUUCUACUGGACCGUCCUGCUCCUGGUGUUCCUCAACACCCUCACCAUCGCCUCCGAGCACCACGGGCAGCCGCCCUGGCUCACGCAAAUCCAAGCCUACGCCAACAAGGCGCUGCUGUCGCUGUUCGGGGCCGAGAUGCUGCUCAAGCUCUACGCCCUGGGCCCCUCCAGCUACUUCUCGAGCUUCUUCAACCGCUUCGACUGCUUCGUGGUGUGCGGGGGGGUGCUGGAGACGGCGCUGGUGGAGCGCGGCGCCAUGGAGCCGCUCGGCAUCUCGGUGCUGCGCUGCGUCCGGCUCCUGCGCGUCUUCAAGGUCACCAGGCACUGGGCGUCCCUGAGCAACCUGGUGGGGUCUCUGCUGAACUCCAUGAAGUCCAUCGCGUCGCUGCUGCUGCUGCUCUUCCUCUUCAUCAUCAUCUUCGCGCUGCUGGGGAUGCAGCUGUUCGGCGGCCGCUUCAGCUUCGACGAGGCGCACGCCAAGCGCAGCACCUUCGACUCCUUCCCGCAGGCGCUGCUCACCGUCUUCCAGAUCCUGACCGGGGAGGACUGGAACGCCGUGAUGUACGACGGCAUCAUGGCCUACGGCGGCCCCGUGUUCCCCGGCAUGCUGGUCUGCGUCUACUUCGUCAUCCUCUUCAUCUGCGGCAACUACAUCCUGCUCAACGUGUUCCUGGCCAUCGCUGUGGACAACCUGGCUGACGGCGACAACAUCAACACGGGGGGCGACCGGAAGGAGAAGGUUGAGGAGAGCGGAGCCGGGAGCGGGGCCGUGGCCGUGACGGUCGAGGGGGAGCAGCCGGAGGAGGAUGAGGAGGAGGAGGAGGAAGAGGAGGGGGAAGGGAGUGAGGAAGGCGCCGAUGGGGUCCCGGGGCCGGGGUCGCCUGGGGCCGGGUCGCGGCAGGAGCCCCCCCAGGAGCCGCCCCCCAAGAGCAAAGUGACGCCGAUCCCCGAGGGCAGCGCGUUCUUCCUGCUCAGCGCCAGCAACCCAUUGCGGGUGCGCUGCCACGCUCUCAUCCACCACCACAUCUUCACCAACCUCAUCCUCGUCUUCAUCAUCCUCAGCAGUGUGUCCCUGGCUGCCGAGGACCCCGUCAGGGCCCACUCGCCCCGGAACCACAUCUUGGGCUACUUUGACUACGCCUUCACCUCCAUCUUCACCGUGGAGAUCCUGCUGAAGAUGACAGCAUUCGGGGCUUUCCUGCACAAAGGCUCCUUCUGCCGGAACUGGUUCAACCUCCUCGACCUACUGGUGGUCGGGGUCUCCCUCAUCUCCUUUGGCAUCCACUCCAGUGCCAUCUCGGUGGUGAAGAUCCUGAGGGUCCUGCGGGUCCUGAGGCCCCUCCGAGCCAUCAACCGGGCCAAGGGGCUCAAGCACGUGGUGCAGUGCGUGUUCGUCGCCAUCCGCACCAUCGGCAACAUCAUGAUCGUGACGACGCUGCUGCAGUUCAUGUUCGCCUGCAUCGGGGUGCAGCUCUUCAAGGGCAAGUUCUACAGCUGCACCGACGAGGCCAAGCACACGCCGGGGGAGUGCAAGGGCACGUUCCUGGUGUACAAGGACGGGGACGUCGCCCACCCGUCGGUGCGCGAGCGGCUGUGGCACAACAGCGACUUCAACUUCGACAACGUGCUGGCGGGAAUGAUGGCGCUGUUCACCGUGUCCACCUUCGAGGGGUGGCCCUCGCUGCUGUACAAAGCCAUCGACGCCAACGCCGAGGACCAAGGGCCCAUCUACAACUACCGCGUGGAGAUCUCCAUCUUCUUCAUCGUCUACAUCAUCGUCAUCGCCUUCUUCAUGAUGAACAUCUUCGUGGGCUUCGUCAUCAUCACGUUCCGGGCGCAGGGCGAGAGCGAGUACCGCAACUGCGAGCUGGACAAGAACCAGCGGCAGUGUGUGGAAUACGCCCUGAAGGCUCAGCCCCUGCGCCGCUACAUCCCCAAGAACCGCAACCAGUACCGCGUGUGGGCCAUGGUCAACUCCACCGCCUUCGAGUACAUCAUGUUCGUCCUCAUCCUCCUCAACACCAUCGCUCUGGCCGUCCAGCACUAUGAGCAGUCCAAACCCUUCAACUACGUGAUGGACCUUCUCAACAUGGUGUUCACGGGGCUCUUCACCGUUGAGAUGGUGCUCAAGAUCAUCGCCUUCAAGCCUCGGCACUACUUCUGUGAUGCCUGGAAUACCUUUGAUGCCCUCAUCGUGGUGGGCAGCGUGGUGGACAUCGCUGUCACCGAGGUCAACAACGGGGGGCACGUUGGCGAGAGCUCAGAGGACAGUUCUCGUAUCUCCAUCACCUUCUUCCGGCUGUUCCGCGUGAUGCGCCUGGUGAAGCUGCUCUCCAAGGGCGAGGGCAUCCGCACGCUGCUCUGGACCUUCGUCAAGUCCUUCCAGGCUCUGCCCUACGUCGCCCUCCUCAUCGCUAUGAUCUUCUUCAUCUACGCUGUCAUCGGGAUGCAGACCUUUGGGAAGGUGGCACUGCAGGAUGGGACACAGAUCAACCGCAACAACAACUUCCAGACCUUCCCCCAGGCCGUCCUGCUGCUCUUCAGGUGUGCCACGGGGGAGGCCUGGCAGGAGAUCAUGCUGGCCAGCCUGCCCGGCAAACGCUGCGACCCCGAGUCGGACGCGGAGCCCGGGGAGGAGUUCACCUGCGGCAGCAACUUUGCCAUCGCCUACUUCAUCAGCUUCUUCAUGCUCUGCGCCUUCCUGAUCAUCAACCUCUUCGUGGCCGUCAUCAUGGACAACUUUGACUACCUGACGCGAGACUGGUCCAUCCUGGGCCCCCACCACUUGGAUGAGUUCAAAAGGGUCUGGUCUGAGUACGACCCUGCUGCCAGGGGCCGCAUCAAGCACUUGGACGUGGUGACGCUGCUGCGCCGCAUCCAGCCCCCGCUGGGCUUUGGGAAGCUCUGUCCGCACCGUGUCGCUUGCAAGCGGUUGGUGGCCAUGAACAUGCCCCUCAACUCGGAUGGGACCGUCACCUUCAACGCCACCCUCUUCGCCCUGGUGCGCACCUCCCUCAAGAUCAAGACUGAAGGGAACCUGGACGUGGCCAACAAGGAGCUUCGUGCCGUCAUCAAGAAGAUCUGGAAGAGGACCAAGCCCAAGCUGCUGGAUGAAGUCAUUCCCCCUCCCGAGGAAGAAGAGGUCACUGUGGGCAAGUUCUACGCCACCUUCCUCAUCCAGGACUAUUUCCGCAAGUUCCGGCGCCGCAAGGAACGGGGGAUGUUGGGGCCCAGCGCGGGGCCCAGCAACGAGUGUGCGCUGCAGGCCGGGCUGCAGACGCUGCAGGCGCUGGGCCCCGAGAUGCGCCGGGCGCUGAGCUGUGACCUGGAGGGUGCCGGGAGCCCGGGAGCUACCGAGGAGGAACCGCUGACCUACGCCGCUCCCGAGACGCUGUACGGCUCUGCCUCCGACCCCCCGCUGCUGGGGGAUCCAGCCCCGGCGCCCCCCGCGGGGGACGAGCCCUCGCCCCCUCCCCACGGCGCCGCACCGCGCUUGGGGGGCAGCAGGUACGGCCCGGGAGGGGGGCAGGAGGAAGCAGCCCCCUCCCCAGAGGAGGAGCUGGCGGGAGCUGAGCCGGGGGACGGCAGCCACGAAGAGGAGCCGGAGGCCCCGACCCCCCGUCGCCGCUGGGGGGGGGGACAGGCCCCCUGCCCCCCGCGCUGGGCCGGAGAGGGGCCGCGGGGGGGGUCGUUGCCGUUGCCCCCCCGUCAUUUUGCCCUGGAGGGGCAGCAGCUCAAACGGCGGCGGCUGUUGCCGCCCACCCCCACAGGCCGGAAGCCCUCGUUCACCAUCCAGUGCCUGCGGCGCCAGGGCAGCUGCGAGGACGAGCCCAUCCCGGGCACCUACAACCCCUCGGGACCCCCCGGCCCCCCGCGGCCUCAGGGCUACGGCAGCUCCGAGACCUGGCGCCUGGGGGGCUCCUCGCACUCCUGGGCCACGGCUCCCACUCGCAGCCACGUUCUCUACGCCCCCCUCAUCCUGGUGGAGGGGGGUCCACCGGCGGGAGACCCCCCCCUGUCCCGUUGGUUCGUGGGGGACCGCGGCCCCCCCGGCUCCCUGCGGCUGCGGCCCCACGGCUCUGCCGACAGCCUGGUGGAAGCCGUGCUCAUCUCAGAGGGACUGGGGCUCUUCGCCCGCGACCCCAAAUUCGUGGCGGUGGCCAAACGCGAGAUCGCCGACGCCUGCGACAUGACGAUGGACGAGAUGGAAAGCGCGGCCACGGACCUGCUCACCCGCCGGCGCCCCCCGCACGCCCCCGCAGCCCCCCACCCCUCUACCCCCACGGCCGCCGUCUACAGCGACGAGGAGCCGCUGCGGCCGCCGCCCGAGGAGGAGCUGGCGGACGAGAUGGUGUGUGCGGCCGGGCUCUAG